UUAUUUGUUGUCCCCAGCAAACUGUAAACACGCCUGCUGUCCGUGGAGACCAUCCGUCGUCGUCUCCUUCUCCCACAAUGGAUUCCUUUUCCGCUCCAGACUCCACCUGAGUUGCCAUCGUCGAUCCGAUCAUCUUGCCAUGUCAGCAGGGUGUGGGCCCCACCUCCGCCGUCUCCCUUUCGCCUGAAGCAUUCUCCCUAACCAAACAAUGGCGAGCAACUCCAAGGAAGAGCCCAAGACCGGCCCCCAGUCCAAUCGCUGGUACAACCUAACCCUCGGCCCCUCCUUCAAAGACGACUCCGCCAACAAGUACUGCACUCUCCGAUAUGAAUUCAAACCGGCGUCGAUCGACAAGACGAAGCACGGGGCUCUGAAGAAGUCCAAGGACAAUAGGGUUGCGGUCGAAUUUCAGAACAACCAAUUGGGGAAACCCAAUGUCACGUUCAAGGGGAGCAGCGAGGAGUACAAGGACAACGACGCCGUUUUGUUCUUUGACGGCCAGACGUUUCGGUUGGAGCGGCUUCACCGCGCCGUGAAGCAGCUCCGUCAUGAUCGUCAGCCUGGGGAAUCGGCGGCUGGUAUGGCCGUGGACCCGCAGCAGUCUCCAGUAGGCAAGGCGCCCAAGCUAUCACAUCAGUUUAAUCCUGGUAGAACUGCAUUCCCCGCCGUGCCGGUUGAGGUGGAACGGAUAGAUGUUGGCGUGCCUGAAAAUCCAGGUGCGAAAACUGCCAGUAAAGGUGUGGUUGAUUACCCAUCUGAUCAACCAAAUGUAUCUGCUGCCUCGCCAGGCCCUAAGAAUGAAGAAGUUGACGACGAACACCAGGAUAUAGAUAUUGUAGACCUUUUUGGUAGUAUAUCACCAGACGAUGGGAAUGCUGCUGAAGAUGAAGCCAAUGCUGGAUUUGAUAUCAAUAUGCUCCAUCAGAAUGAAAGUGACAAUGAGAUUGCUGAUGUAGAUGAUAGCGGUGAUGAAGUUGACAAGGGGCCAAAUGCUGCAGAAGCCCUUCGAGCCCAGGUGAUGAAUACCCAGGGAAGGGAAACACACACUGAUAUUUUUGGUGACGAGGGGAAUGCAGAAGGAAGGAAAACCGAGACUUCUAGUUCAAGUAGCAGCAGUGGAAGUAGCAGCGGAAGUGAGAGCAGCAGUAGCGGAAGUAGUAGUGGGAGCAGCAGCAGCAGCGGCAGCGGAAAUGGUGGUGGUAAUAAUGCAGGCAGCGAUGACGAUUCAGUCAACUCCAUCUGAGACAUCAGGCAACUAUAAUCUUUCGGGAAAGUUUUGUCAUAGGCAGUCAACAGUCCCAAAGAUGUUUACGCAGGUAACCAGAGCUCGAAGAAAACAGAAGAUAAUACGUAAUGUUAUUUACACAUGCUAUUAUUUUGUGAGAACGUGAUAAUGAUGCCGCAUAAGUUUUGUCAUAAGCCAUACCUUUGUAUGGGUUCAACAUUUCAUUUGAAAAUUUUGACAAUAAAAGAACGUGCAAAUUUUGAUUCA